AUGAUCAAGGAACAUUCGUCUAGUGGAGAGACUGCUAUGCUCAAUCAGAUAUGGAAGCCUGUGCCAUCUCUCAAUGAGGUUGAGCCAAUCAGUGAUGAAGAAGAAGAAGAAGAAGAAGAAGAAGAAGAAGAAGAAGAAGAAGAAGAAGAAGAAGAAGAAGAAGAAGAAGAAGAGGGCUGCGAGGCUAAUGAUCUAUCUGAUGAUUUGAAUAGUUCAGAUGAUGAUCAUUUGAAGGAAGAGCUGGCUCUCACACAGAUUACAACACAGAGGAAGCAAGCACGAUGCAAGCGGCCUUUGAAUAAGACCUCUGAGCCUCAAGAUGAUGGAGAUAAUGGCCUCCCACUUCCUGAGAUGGCAACUGAAGAGAGCACGCAGGCGCGGUCAGGCAGGAUUCGGAAGAAGCCAAAGCUGCCAGAUGGAUUUGAGAUUGAUAAACUGUAA